UGACGGAGUACUCAUUUCAUUUUUUAAUUCAACCGAUUAAUUUACGUUUGCUUUGGUCUGGUGUGUCAUUCUUUCUCUGCAGUAAUUUAAAUGAAGUGGUGUUGAAGAGGAUGCUAACCAAAAUAAAUCAGGAGUACCACAUCGACAGUUUUGCUGGAUGCACAAAACUGUACGUGACUAUGACAUAAAGAUCUGGUCAAAUCUCCAAAUAUAUUAUACUCAAAAACAUGCAAGCCCCAUCGCCGUUCUGUAUCUAUAUACUGUUAAUGUUGCCUUGCUUUGUAUGUGUACUUCCAGCAAAUGGAUUCUUUGUGAUUAACUGUGUCAUUAAGGGAUCUCUAAAAUAUCCUGCAAAUUUGAAGGCGCUAUGCAAUAAGAGGGAACUUUGUGUUAUACCACACAACGUGCCAGACCAAACAAGAGUGCUUGAUCUUUCUUACAAUCAUUUAAAGAGCAUAAACCAAAAGGAUUUAAUCCACCUCACCAACCUUAUACACUUGAAUGUGUCACACAAUUGGAUCCAAGAUGUAGAGGAAGGGGCAUUCAGGAGCAUGACAGCCUUGCAGGAGCUGAAUCUUGCCCACAAUAAUCUCCGUAUAAUCUCAGGAGGAUCCUUCCAAAAUUUGUUUAACCUCACUGUGCUACGGCUGGAUGAAAAUCAAAUUGCAAAUAUCAGUGCUUCUGCCUUCGAUCCUCUGAUUAGUUUGGUCAUGGUGAAUCUAUCGGGUAAUCAUAUAGCUCACAUAUAUGAAGUUCAACCUCUCUUUCAGUUGCUCAGCAUUGAAGAGCUGCACAUUGGAAGAAAUGGAUUUCCUUCUUUUCAAACACCCCAAGUUUCAAACACAUCCUUAAAACUGAAAGUCCUGGAUCUGUCCUGGAAUCCUUUGCGAGUCUUCAGAAUCACAGCAGACGUUUUCCCUCACCUUGAAUCAUUAGGCCUGGCAUUCAGUAAUGAAAGCAUGACAUGGGAUGUGCAGGACGCAAGCUACCUUAGAAAUGUCAGCACCCUUAAUUUAACUGGGAUACAAAUGAAUGAAGAAAUUAAAUCAGUGCUACAGACCUUUAACACGUCACUGACCAAUCUCAGACUCUACCGACUAAAAGAACAAACAGUGAAAAAACUAAUUAAGACAGCGUGCCUGAUUAACACUUUGAGAACCCUACAUGUGCAGUCAAGCAGAAUGGCAUCCAUAUCUGCAAAGGAACUAACAGGCUGCACUGAUCUAGUAACACUAGACUUGUCUGAAAACAGUCUCCGAAACAUCACAAAUCUGGCAUUUGGAUCGAUGACAAACCUUAAAAGGCUGAGUCUGUCCAGAAACAAACUGGACAGUGUUCCACCUGCCAUUUGGAAUCUGUCCUCCUUGGAGGACCUAGACCUCAGUUACAAUAGCAUCUAUAGUUUAACAUGUUCAGAUUUCAACAGCCUAGCACAGUUGCAGACACUUUACAUUUCCAGAAAUCCAUUGAAUUCAAUAAAAGACUGCUCUUUUCAAAACCUUACAAAUUUGAAGACUUUGAUUAUCAGCUCCAGCAGACUAAUUUCCGUGACCAACUGUUUCAGAGCUUGUCUCCAGAAACUAGAGCUUUUGGAUUUAACACAAAACAAGUUAAAUUACAUCCAUAAAGGAGAUUUUGGAGAUUUAAAUUCUCUUACGCACUUGCUUUUAAACGACAACCAAAUAACCGCCAUAGACAAAGGGGCCUUUGAGGGACUGCAGAAACUGACGGUGCUCAACCUGCAAUCAAACAAAAUCACACAAAAUUCAUUAAAAGCUUCAGUUUUCUCAGGACUUGCAAACCUAAAAUAUCUCUUGCUGAACAACAAUUACCUCUCAUAUUCUGAUCAGAGCAGUCUCAAUAAACCACCCUUUAGAUAUUUAAAGUCUUUGGAGACUCUAGCAAUUCACAGCCAAGGCCACAAAGGGAUGCUGAAUGUCCCGUCAAAUCUUUUGGAAGGACUGACGUCUUUGCAGGUAUUGACGGCAGGAAAUCUCAACUUAAACUUUCUUUACUCAAGCACCUUUUCACACACUCCAAGACUGCUGAGCCUGGACCUCAGCCGAAAUGAAUUAACGGCGGUCUCACAGGAAUUAUUCACGCCCCUCCAAAGACUCAACAGACUCCACAUGUUCUCUACUGGUUUGCAGUCUUUGGACUUCCUCAUGCAAGCAAACCUCACUGACAUUCAAUACUUGCAAAUCAGCAAGAAUGCACUGGCAGUCAUCAAUGAGACCUUGAUCACAUCAUUUGCCAACUUAACGUACAUCGACCUACAAGAAAAUCCAUUCAGUUGUGACUGCAGCAAUGCUUGGUUUGUUGACUGGGCAAUAAGAAACAAUGACACGCAAGUUGUAAAUGCAGACCAGUUAACAUGCAAUUACCCAUCAAAACUCAGGGGAAAUAAACUUAUGGACCUUGACUUUGAGUCCUGCACUGUAGAUAAGGGUUUUUUCUGCUUCAUUUCUACCACCGUAUUUAUUCUUCUGAUUACGUUUAGCUCCAUCCUCUAUCAUUUCUUAAAAUGGCAGGUUGUCUAUGCCUACUAUCGCCUUCUGGCUUUCCUCUAUAACAGCAACCAGCAGAGAAAGGGACAGUCCAGUGGCUACCAGUAUGAUGCAUUCAUUUCCUACAACACCCACGAUGAACCGUGGGUUAUGAGUGAGCUGUUACCUCAUGCGGAGGGAGAGCAGGGCUGGAGGUUGUGUUUGCACCACAGAGACUUCCAGCCAGGUAAACCCAUCAUGGAUAACAUUGUGGAUGGGAUCUAUAGCAGCCGGAAGACAAUCUGUGUGAUCAGUCGCCACUACCUGGAGAGUGAGUGGUGCUCCAGAGAAAUCCAGGUGGCCAGUUUCCGACUUUUUGACGAGAAGAAAGACGUUCUCAUCCUGGUGUUCCUGGAGAACAUUCCAGCCCAUCAGCUGUCUCCAUAUUACAGGAUGAGAAAACUAAUCAAGAAACGAACCUACCUCAGCUGGCCCAAACCAGGAGAGGAUACUCGGGUCUUCUGGGAGAAAUUGAGAAUGGCUCUGGAGGCCAAAGAGACUUCUAAAGAGGAAAAUCCUAUUCUUUCUGGGAUAAGUAGUACCUGAUAAUACUCAAGUUUUACACAUCUAAUGGCAACCACUUUUGACAAAUGACAACCAAUUGCAGACAUUAAGUUUCAGUUCUCAAAGUAAGAUCUAGGUUUUACUACAUACCUUCUUUCUUCAUUGUUGUUUUUGGGUUUAUAUGUAUGCAUAAUUUAACAGUGCCAGGUACCUUCCACAAUGUGUAAAAAUUGUAAUUAAUGGACCGAUAGAAAUGGCACAACAUUGCUUGGAAAAAGUCUUUUUGCAUUAACAUCCAUUCCGAGUAAUUACAAAUGUUUUCCCUUCUCCUGAAAAGUUACCAUUCACUAUAUGAGUUUUGUUUUUCUGGUAAGAACAUGUAGAAAAUCUGUCAAAAACACAAAUGGGUGGUUUAAAAUGAUCUUUUUCAUGGGUCAUAAUCUUUUCACAUUUUAUUGAAGAAAAUUAUUAAUGACAAACAAUGGUGGUGAAUGAAAUUUGUCUGCAGUCAAUGCUAAGUGUGGAAAGUCUGCAGUCAAAGGAAUUAGUGUAGAAAGUUUCCAAAUUAGUUGAAAAUGUCUAUGUGCAUUCGGAGUAACCUUUUUUAAUGUCCUGAAUAUGUUUUAUUUUUAAUUUGUCUCUGAUCCCGAUCCAAAUUCUUUAAUGUUAAGGAUUAGCCAAUACAGAGUCCAGUCCCACAACUUUAUUUUCAUAGAUAGCACAGAACAUUUACUAAAAUAUGGUGGGCUGUUAACUACUUUAAAAUGUUAUAGUAACAUAAUUUCAUUUUUAGUAUAUGUAUAAUGUAACACCUUCAGAAGUGAUACAUUUUGUUUUUAUGGCCUACAUUUUAAAAAUCCAUUUUAAACCUUGACUCAAUUUGAUAACAUUGACUGAUCUGAUUAUUCACUUACACUAUAUGUCUAAGAACAUCCAGACACCCCUUCUAAUUAUUGAAAUGAGGUACUUGAGGGUAGAUCCAUUGCGGACACAGGAGUUCAGUGGCGUAUAAACAGCUUGCAUAGUCUCCAUAGAAAAGCACUGCUAAUAGAAUAGGAUGCUCUGGAGAACGUAAUCAUGUGCAAUGCCAAGCGGUGUCUGUCUGGGGGCCUAAAGCCCCCUGUUACUGCAGAAUUGGGUGAGCAGGUGCUUACAAACCUUUAGACAUAUAAGGUGUUUUAAAAUACUGCAGUGCUUCAUUUUGGUAAAUGUAUAUUAUGGGAUGUACUCUGCUGUGAUAUGUUUUGUUUUUUCUUUAACUAUUUAAGUCAAAUAACGUUAUAUAAUGUAUAACUGUUAUACUGAUAUAAUGUUAUAGUGGUGUGACAAAUCAUAAAUUUGCAUUUCACAUUGAUCUAACAUGUCCAAUGGCCUACUCUUUUUUCCCUGUGUUGAAGUGUGUAGUAGCCCUGCGCUCUAGUUUUACGUCUGGCUAGUUUGACAUUUGAGGCAAAGAUGUCCAUUUACACUAAUAGAACCAGUCUUCUACCUGAACUA